AGCGCAGCAUCCAAAUCAGCCGGAGUGGCGGCGGGGGAAUGCUAUGACGGAGGACUGUGCCUCGCAGCAACGCCGUCCGCGGUCGGAAGGCCAUCAUCUCGUCUCUCAGCCUGCCACGAAGCCACCUACCAGCCCCGUGCGUCGCCCCAGCACCACCCCGAAGCUGCGAAUCCAACGCGUCCUAUCGCAGUCAUCGGCUUCCCCUCCCAGAUCCACAACGAGUAGUUCCAGUAGUAGCAGCGCCGAGUUAUUUCGAAUGACCAAGCUGUCGGACUCGCCCCCAAAGCCCCCUGCGAUAUUGAUGGACGAUGAAGUGUCGGAGACUUCCAUAGACAACAACGACGAGCUAAAAGCAACCAGUGAAAGUGACAACGACGAUGUCCCCCCAGUGAUACAGAUGGUUCCGACCACUUUAACGCCGCAAGUCCCAACUGAAUGGGCUGACCAAGAUGACAGCCCAUAUGAAAACCCUGUCGAUGGCAAUACUGAGUCCAGGGCAGCACUGUCUGUAGCUCAAACAUCACCCCCAGCAAGGCUAGCCCACGUACAACCGUCAACUCGACAAGAAGAAAACGUGUGCAAAGCAGAAAGCUCCACGGUUCAAUCACAUCUGAGCACCAGUGGUGAUGGUGAUGGCAUGUAUGUUCAAUGGCGGAAGCAAAUGGACAUGGCCGAGGCUGCCCGACACAAAGUGCAGGCAGACUUGACCGAGUACUUGGCAUCGUUGGCCACCAAGCAGGACGACAGUGGAUCGUCGCUCGUGACGUUCCCAGACAACUAUCACACCGUGCUCAAGCUCAUGACCAAGGCGGACUUGGGCCCCACGGCGCCGACUUGGUCCAAGGCGCUGCUGGAAGAUGGGCUGGCCAAAAAGCAAGCACAUGGGGUGCUUCAACACGACGACGACGUGACCGCCCCCACGGCCUUGAACGUGAAAAUUGCCCACGGGAUCGCCCAAAUUCGGACCUUUGACGCGAAAUUGGAUGCGUUGGACUUGAAGCUGAAAAACCAACCAUCGACAAAGACCAAGGCAUUUAUGACACCAGGAAUAGCUCCGACACUUAAAACAUCGAGCGCACAACGCAUCAAGGACAAGGUGGAGGCCGCCAAAACGAUGGGGGAAACAACCGACUUCAUCACGAAAAACAAGCAGAUGAAGGAGGCUGGGUCCAGUCUGACCAAGGCCGAAGCCACGCGGGUCGAAACUCUCCUCGACGCUCCCGUUGGUGGGGAAGUUGCUCACGAAGAUGGGAAUCUUCUGUUGAAUCCAUUCGAUUGUAUGCUCGACGAUCGUCGUGUGGACGAGAUCGACUUGUCCCUCCAGGCCAUGCAAGCCAAACGAGCGGCUACCCCCAUGACGGACGAGGCGGCUCUGCCGUCGAUCGUGUCGUCCAUGGCGCACUUGAACACGACCCAGCGCCUCGCCGCCAUCGACUGCGCCUUGCAAUCGUUUCGGGACGACGCCGACAACUUGGUAGUUGGGGGGAUGGAUGAUGAUGACUCUAAGUCGGUGCGGAGUGACGCGAGCAGCGUCUGGUCCACGGCGUCCUCCCGCACAGUCACGAAGCGAGACCUCCGACUCGUCACGGCCCAAGCCAAGCUAGAAGUCCCCGAAACAGAAACAGCCCCUCGGGAGGCGAUUAACCACUUGCUGGCAACGUUGGCCGGGAUUGCAAUUGAAAUCGCAGACGACGACGACGAGCAGCAGCAGCCCCAAGUAGACGCCUCCAUCAUCCAACCCCAGAAACCCAUCGAUGGGCCCGACAUCUCAACCCCCAUCCGGACAAGGCGGACGCGGCCGACAAAGCCGCCGCCUUCGUCGUUUAGCCACUUGUUCACGUUGCCAUUUGAAGCAUCGCAACUUGGCAGAAAACACAUUGCGCACUCGACGUUUAGGUAGUAACUAGUAGGCCUAAUGGAAAUAACAUUAUACUAGUACGUUUACUUAGUACUAAAGCCA